AUGUUUGGUGUUUUCCAUCGCAGAGCAAUGCUCUGCUCCAACCUCAACAUCACCAUCAUCAGAACUCCCUCAUUUCUUCAACACUUUUCCACUUCUGAACAACACUCUUUCACCACCAACUACCUCAUCAACAACUUCUCCUUCUCCCCUGAAACCGCUUCCAACCUCUCCACCCGAGUUCGUCUCGACAACUCAGACAGACCCGACUCUGUCCUCGCCUUGUUCAGAACCCAUGGCUUCUCAAACCCUCAGUUAUCUCAGAUCAUCCAAAGCUACCCAAAGCUUCUUUCCUCCGACCCCAUCAAAUCCAUUCUUCCAAAGUUCAACUUCCUUCUCUCAAAGGGUGCUUCAACUUCCGACCUUGUGCAGAUUGUGACCAAGAAUCCCAGUGUCUUGAAGCAGAGCUUAGCAAAUACCAUCACCCCAUGUUAUGAUUUCCUCAAAAGAUUCUUGGUUUCUGAUGAGUCCACUAUAUACUCUAUAAAAUACUGUCCUUGCUUGAUUUAUUCUAAGCUUCCAUCCAUUAAUGUUCAAAUGCUGCUUGAGAAUGGUGUCCCUGAAUCAAAAGUUGCUCUUAUACUUCGUCGUUGGGGUCAUAUCGUCAGUGAGCAUCAUCCUAUCAUUAAGAAGGCAGUGGAAGAAGUAAAGAGAUUAGGAUUCAACCCCGCCUCGACAUUUUUCAUUGUAGCAGUGAUUGCUAAGAUGAUGAACGAUUCCCUGUGGCAAAGGAAGACUGAUUUGUAUAAGAAAUGGGGCUGGUCUGAAGAAGUUAUUGUUUCAGCAUUUGUGAGACAUCCAUGGUGCAUGCAGGCAUCUGAGAAGAAAAUUGAGUCUGUGAUGGAGUUUUGGGUCAACCACAUGGGUUGGGACUCUCUGGUGCUUGCCAAGCAACCGAUACUUCUUACGUUGAGCUUGGAGAAAAGAGUUAUUCCCAGGGCUUUUGUCUUGCAAUUUCUUCAAAGUAGAGGUUUGAUUAAGGAUGCUAAAUCGCCUACAGCGUUUAAACUUACUGAUGAUAUGUUCUUGCAGAAAUUUGUGAAUUGUUUUGAGGAUGAAGCUUCUCAGCUGUUGAAGCUGUAUGAAGAGAAAAAAAAUCAACCAAGAUAA